AUGAAUUCGCUGGAAAUCUUACACGCGUUGCAUCGUCUCAAUGUCAGAUAUGCGGCAGUCUAUCCUGCCGACAGACUACCGAGGGUGUGGACGAGGUCGACAGCCAUUGUCGCUAAUACAGACGAGCAUAACCGCCCCGAAAGACACUGGGUCCCUUUUACAUCGACGAGCAUGGUACCGGCACAUAUUUCAAUAGUUACAGAAUCCCGCCACACUCGAAUCAACGAUUUUAUCUGCGACUUCGAUGAAAUUCCACCACGUAUCGAUGGAACACCGAGCAGUUACAAGGAUUUUUUUCGCAAACAUGCGGUCAAUAUUGUUGCGUGUUUCUUUACUAUUUGUCUCUUGGUUUCAACCUUGAGCAAUUUUUUCGUCUUUUUACCGAUGAUUAUAACCAAAACGAGGAUUUCCGUUUCCGGUGCGUAA